GAGCUGAAGAAAAUAAAAAAAGGAAUAGAUGGAGAGAGCGGAGAACAAACGGGCAGAGGAGGAAGUGUGGCUGGCCACAUCUGAUAGAGAAAGAGAAGGAGGAGAACAUAUUGGGGAUUUUUCAGCUGAAAGAGGAGCUAUGAUGGGGACAGAUUUGGGUCCGAUUGUAGCAACUUGUUUUAGGAACUUACAGUUGGAGGAAAGUCCACCAUCCUCUGACCGCACGGACACCUGGGCCCCGUCCAUCUUGUCGUCCUCUUCCUCCUCCCUGCCCUGUCUCUCUCCUCCUCUUCCUCCGUCGGUGGGGCUGGAUGGCGUGCUGUCAGAGGGGCGGCUGGUUCUGGACGUGUAUCGGGGCGGAGGAGAGCUUCUGCCUGUGUUCUGGGAGUAUGUUCAGGAGAGGAUGAGAGGCCUGCAGUACCUCAGACUGGGAUCAGAGGACGAGGGGGCGCUAGAGAGAGCACUGAGUGUCCUGCCCCGACUCACACAGCUGCGCUCUCUGACUAUCAGAGGACACCGUUUCCAUGACCCUCAGGGUGACCCUCUCCCCGGCCUGCUCUCCUCUCUCCCCGACUCCGUCUCCUCUCUGUCUCUCCUCGUUCACCUUGACCUCUCCUUCAACCGUCUCUCCUCUCUUCCUCCGUGUCUUCUGUCUCUCCCCCAUCUAUCAGAUCUUGUGCUGUGUCAUAAUCAUCUGCCGGGUCUGCCGGAGGGUCUGGGAGCGCUGGGGUCCCUGCGGCGGGUGAGUGUGCUGGGGAACAGGCUGGCGGCUCUGCCCCGAGGCGUGGGCCUCCUCUGCAGGCUGGAGGAGCUGGACGUGUCCUUCAACCAGCUGGAGAGACUUCCAGAUGAACUCGGCCAACUACAGAACUUACAGAAACUAGAGCUGUCAAAUAACAGGCUCCGAUCGCUGCCGGAGACCCUGGGGUCUCUCCGCUCUCUGAGGCAGCUAGUAAUCCAAAGUAAUGAUCUGAGGAGUGUUCCUGAAUGUUUGCGCUCCCUCCCGCUGCUCGACAAACUGGACUUGAGGAACAACCCGCUGGAUCGACCGCCGACACCCCCCCUGAUCGCCCACGUGACCCCAGUCCUGGAAGAAUCGGAGAUCCCAGAGCUGCAUCUCGGAUCUCAUCAGCGCAGUUUUCAGGUAUCACCUGCUGGCUGUCACGUGUUUCUUCCUGGAGGGGCGGAGCUCUUGUUUCCACGGAGAUGUGUAAACACAGUCACACGACUCCAGUGGGCGGACAGGAGACCCGACAGAAAGUGGGUGUGGCUAGAGGAGCACGACAUCCUCUUGAGUCGACGGCUGGAGCUCCGCCCACAUGGAGCCACAUUUGAGAAGCCAGUAGAGGUGUGUAUUCCAUAUCGCAAAGCACGGAAAGGUGAUGUAGCGGUUCGCAGGUUUGACGGUCGGUCUUGGACGACGCUACCUACCCUGACGAGGAGGGGAAGUGAGAAACACAGCUGCAGGCCGAGGGGACUCCCAGCUCGGUUGGCCUGCUGCAGUGUGUCUCAGUUCUCGUGGUUUGUGGCCGUCUCGCGUCCUUUCCUGGACAGUUGUUCUGUGUCUCCAGACGGGGCUCUGCUGGUGUCUCAGUUUCACCCCGGGAUCAAACUCACUUUCCCUCCGGAGUGCACAGCAGAGACACGUACAGUCACAAUGCAGGUCCUGCAGGUGGCGCUGUCUGAGGUGCUGGAUCUGACCGGAGACCCUCGGGCGAGCGCCAGCCCACUGCUGUGCCUCUCUCAAACUCCCAGCAUGCACUUUCUCAAGCCAAUCAGAGUGCAGAUUCCUCUUCCACCUGGAGUGACCGGACACAUGGUGGACAUGUCCCGUUUGCACCUGAUGCACGGCGACCCCACGGCCCACACCUGGACAGACAUCACCGAUCAGGUGUCGCUUAACGUCACGCAUAUCUAUGCUUUUUUCUUCAUCACACACUUCUCAUGGUACUGGUUGUGGUACACCACACACAGGUGUGUUAGUGGGGUCGUCAGGAAGAUGUACCACCGCUUGAAACAGUUCCGGGUUCGAUUUCUGGCGCUUCAGAGAAAAAAUGACCCAGCGCAGGUUCUGCUGCAGUGCCUGCCUUCGGAUAAGGCUGAAAGCAGGUUGGAGUCUCUGUCGGAGCAGUAUGAAGGCCCUCAGCCGUCUGAGUUGUGCGUCCUGCUGGAAGGAGAGCAGUUUUUUGCUGGUUUUGAGAGAGGCAUUGACGUAAACGCAGACCGCCCUGACUGUAAAGAAGGCAGACUUUCAUUCACCUUUUACUCUCACCUGAAGAACAUUAAAGAGGUGCACGUGUGCCCGACCCGGCCACAGCAGGGAGCGGUGAGGGGACAGGUGUCAUUUUACCGCGGUGACGUGCCCAUUGAUCUUCCAGAGGAAGUGGCGAGUAAAAGAAAAGGUCAUGACGACCAGUGGAUGGCUACGCUUCCUCUCCGGAUUCCUAACGCAGACUGUGACGGGAGCGUCUCCGGCGAGCUGAACCUGGGCGACCCGGAGAGCGGCUAUCUGACACAGACCAACCUGCUGUCCAUCUCCUUGCGCAUCAACCAAGAGUGGCAGACCGUCGGCAUCAACCUGGGCAUCGGCUACGACCAGCUGGAACGCAUCCGGAACCAGCACAGGGACUUUGGGGCCCAGGUAUUGGCGAUGCUCUUUCAUUGGGCGAGAGAGCAGCAGGGGGCGGGGCCUGGGGCGGUGCAGCGGCUGACGAAAGCCCUGGAGGACAGUGGCAGGCGGGAUUUGGCGGAGGAAGUGGAGGACAUAGUGACUCUGGGCAAGAGGAAGUAUGAAGAAUCGCUAAAGAGAGUGGGACUGGAGACAGCUCAGCCCAGCUGACAACAUCAUGACGUAUGAACUCCCACCAGCAGACUCUCGUCUCGCGGGACAGUCACUGUCCCUCUGAAUGAUGUCUUCGUUAGAUGUCUGCCUCUCUCUGCAGAUGUAUUUAUAGUGAGAGACAAUGCUGCACUUGUACGCUGUGCCAGAUGAGCCGAAUGUGUUCGUUACAUUUCUUUUUAAGCACAUUUUAAACAAGAAACGAUCAAAAAAUAAUAAUUUAUGUGGGUAGAUACCACUCAAAAAAAGGUCAUGUUUUACCAUAAAAUCAAAUACAAAUGUGAUUCAUUUAACUUAAAUGCAAUAAAUAUACAUUUUGCCUGAAGGAAAAUUAAGCUAUUUUGUGACAAGCACAUUUUAUCCGCCCUUUCUCAUUACACAAACGUUUCCCAUUUUUAUUUAUUUAUUUAUUUUUAUUAAAAUUGUGCGUGCGUACACACACAUUUAAUCAUUAAAUGUAAAUAUAUCAAAUUAAAUUAUUGUAUAAAGCUUACUUACAUAGCAACAAUACUGUCGUACUUUUGGUUUGAAAUAAAAACAUUAAACAGUG